AGGGCCGGAGCAGGCUGCAGCCACUCUUGUUUGUUACAGUGGGUACGAAACACAAUACGAGUUAUCGGAGCUCUGCGGAUCAGUUUCAAAAAUGCAGCAAACAGAAAAAGUCCAAGAAAAUAAUCCGCGAAAAAUACGCACAACCAGCCAUUUAUGAUGUUUAAGAUGUUCCAGCUGACCAGAAGAUUUUGUUAUAUCAGCAUUAUGGCGAAGAGUAAAAGAAAGAUGUGAAUGUUUAAUAAUGUCUGCUUCUGAGGCCACUGUGGCCUUGUGCCAGGAAGGCACCCACUGUUUAACUAGUGGAGACCUAGCUCUAGCCACAGCAUACUACACAGCAGCCUUUAGCUGCAAUGCAACUGCCACUGUCGAGCAUAUCAGAUCUCUGGGUAGAUCACAAGAAGAAAGACUCAUAGCCACUUUGGAGAAAUGGUGUGUAGGCCAAAGCAGAAUUCCUAAGAUACCUGUAGACAAAAUGGUCAGUGGUGCCCCAAACAGUGGCAUUGCUGCUGUUUUUUUGUCUACACUAAGCCCAAAUAAUCUGGCUUCCUCUUUCUUUAAGAUGAAUACCCUUAUAAAAGCUGAACGGUUUGAAGAUGUGAUCAGCCGAUGCAACUUAUUGCUGAAUAUCCACCCAAAGCAUUCAGUAGAGCUACUUCUCACCAGGGGACUAGCAUGGGUACUGUCAGAGACACAUUCAAGAAAUGGUGUUGUGGACUACAUACAAGCCUUUGUUAAACAAGCGAGUGAGACAGUGGAGUUUGUGUGCACCCGACAGAAGGAAUAUACAUCACAAGUUACACAAGCUUUCCGCAACUAUAUUGCCUUACAUGAAAACAGUAGUGAGAGUGGGCCUUCUGACAGUAUGCUUAAUGAAUGCUACAGGUUUUUGACUGCUGUAUCACCCCAAGAUAUUCGAAUGUAUAAAAUGCAGGCUGCUUACUUGUUUGAAAAGUGCAGAUUUGAUGAGUGUGUAGCAGUUUAUGCUAAAGCCAUUGCUAUUUCUUCUGAUUCCACCAAGAAUAAACCAGACCUAACAGCAUGCCUUCUGGUAGAUAGGGCAGCAGCUUAUUUCUCCAUAGGCAGUCGCACAAAGGACAUGAUCCAGGAUCUGACUGAAGCAUUUGAAAGAAGUCCUGUUGAGGCAAAGAGGCAUUUUGAGGAACUUUUUAUGCCACAGAAUGCUGGACUGAUUGUAGAUCAGGUAAGAGGACAGAUUGAAGCUGACUUUUCUACCUAUAGAGAAGCAGUGCGAAAUCGCUCUGAUCUGAGGUCCAGUAGUGAUUCUGAAAUGCUGUCUACCAUAGUCCAUGCUCUUCAGUUUUUGAUUUACAUCAGUCAAAAUGUUUUCAAGCGAGAGCUGAGCAUCCGGCUUGCUGACUGCAAGUUGCUCUCUGGGGAUUUUAAAAGUGCUUUGGAGAUCUGUAGCCAUCUAUUGGCAUCUGAUCAAAAGACCUACCAGAACACCCUCCUGGCCAUACGUGGGUUUUGCUAUUUACAUGCUGGUGACAAUCAAAAUGCCCUGAUGGACUUCCAAAAAAUAUUUGAACAUGAAUCUCCACAUCCAAAUAGCUGUGUUAAAGCACUGUGUGGAAGAGGUCUUGUCAGGAUGUUAAGGGGGAGCUCAUACUUGACAGCUGUGGACUAUGUUACAGCCAGCAGGCUGAAGCUGGAUGAAACUGUUCUUACAACAAAGUCAUAUGUGCCAUGGAACCAUAGAGGUCUUCUUUUAAAAGUCCUACAGGAAGAAGGGCAAAAAAUGCUGCAGAAAAAGACUACAAACCAAGCACCCAGUCCUUGCCAGAAAAGAAAAAACCCUGUUGAGCUGAAUGGAUUGUCAUUCAAGGAAGGGGAUGUCUCUGGUGUUUAUCACUUAGCUUCUCUUCUGCUGGAGCUGGAUCAAUCUGAUGAUGUAUCUCGAAUCCUGUGUGCAGAUGCCUUGUAUCAGAUGGGUCGUGUAGAAGAAGCUCAUAAGAUGCUGUUGGUGUCCCUUAGUGGCAACUCGCAAAAGUCCCCUGUUCUUGCUCGGCUAGCCCUGCUACAACUGAAAAAAGGCUUUCUUUAUGAUGGAAACCAGCUGAUAAAGAAAGUGAUCCACAUUGGUGAUACAACAUGCCUUCUUCCAAUCAUGGACGUAUUCACGCAAGAAGACAGAGGACUCAUGCAAGACCAUUGUCACUCCAGUGCUAUGACCAUCUUGAAGACGAAACAGGGAGAUACGUAUGUCAAGGAGGCUAUUGCUUAUCUUUCUCUUGCAAUUAUUGCUUCUGGUGGUCGAGCUGAAAACUCUCUUCUUUCCCGUGCCAGAUGCUAUGGCCACCUUGGCCAGAAGAAGACAGCCAUAUUUGAUUUUAGUGCUAUAUUGAAAGAAAACCCAAGUAACGUAGAAGCAUUGUGUGGUCGAAGCUUCAUGUAUUUGGUACUCAAUCAGCAAAAGGAAGCUGUGCAAGACAUAAUUUCAGCACUAACACUAGAUCCAGAUUUGGUGACCCGAGAACUUCUAGCUUUGAAGCAAGAGGCUCAAACCGUAAUCACCCAGUGGCUGUAUGAGCAUAGCAGAAAAAUCGUAGUAGCAAACUGUAAUGGUAGCCAAGAGCUUUCUCAGAAAGAUGCCCUCAGAGAACUCUCCUUGAUUGGACACUGUUUACUUCAGAUAAAUGAAAAUCACCUGAAAUGGCACACUUUGUAUUCUGACAUUCUAGUAGCAAGUGGGAAGUGUGACCAAGCUCUUGUGCACCUCCAGAAGUUCUUUGGCUGUGAUCCAGAAGAUGCAACAGUGAAGGCUAGAUGUGGUUUGAUUCACAUGACAGCAAACAAUCUCCAGAAGGCAGUUGACAGUCUUCAUUUUUUGGCUGAAGCAGAUCCUAAGGAGCUAGAAUUUGUAUUAUGCUUCUUAAACACAAAGCAACGACAGCUUCUAGCUCAGUUUGCAUCUCAGGAAGGCACUGCAUGGGGGAAGAAGUCACAACAGGAGAAAGCUCUGCCAUACCAUUCAUUGGCAGUAUUAUCCAGCAACAAGAGCCCACAACACCUUCGUCAGCAUGCCAAGUGCUUGGCACAUCUCAAACAGUACACCAGAUCCUUGGCAGACAUGGAUGAAGUGAUUACGAGACACACCAAUGAGGAUGUAAAAUCACAAGUAGGAGACUAUUGUAUGAGAGGUUAUAUUCUGCUCCUGAUUUCAAAGGAUGAAGAUGCAAUUGAGGACUACAUGAAGGCUUUGCAUUUAAACCAGGCAUUGGCAUUAUCUUGCAUAGCAAGCAAGCCUGGUAGGCAGAGCCUUGCACAAACAUUUCAUAAGACAGCACUUCAUCAUUGUGAACAACAACUUCAUGAAAAAGCAUGGAAAAUAACUGAAUGUGGGUUUGUAAUUGAUCACUACAACAGCGACUUAAAAAAACUAAAAAAUAGGCUCAAACGUGAAGCAUCAGGUUGUCUCUUGCAUUAGCCAAGAUUUGACGUCAUCUACAUCCUGUUUUACUGACAAACUCUUUAUGGAUAUGUAUGUGUGCUGUUUGUUUUGGUAACCAUUUGAAAUGUCAGGAACUGCUAGACGGGGUCCAGAACCAUGCUGACUGAAUGGCUGAUAAACAGACUUGCAUGUAAUAGGUCCAAAGCAGCACUAAGAGUUAUGGAGUUCAUCACACAUGAUGAACUUCACUAUGAUAACACAGAAGGCUAAUGUAAUUUUAAGGUGUAAAAAUUAACUUUUUGCUGCAAAGUAUCAUGUAUUUUGGUGUCACUCUUUCAGUGGAGUUUUUGCAGCUUAUGUAAACAGAAUAAUGCCAUUAUGAUCAUGCGAUGCCCCCUGAAUUUGUCAAAGAAGAGAGGCAAAUAAACAGUAUGGUCUAUACCAGGGUAAAACUAUUGUUUAGUACCCUUUAUAUACCUUGGCAUGAUUUUAACAAAGGAGGUAUCCAUUACCUUAGCAGUGUUUCCAGUAUAUACACUAAAAGGACAACAUGAAACACCAUGAUUUAUUUUUGUGUCAUUUGCUGUGACAUGUAAUAGAGACAGAAUAAGAUGCCACAAACCACAACCAAUACCACAAACCUGCUCAUUUCUGAAUAUUUGUAAAUACUGUAUUCUUACAUUUUGACCCAGAUAGAUGCAGGCAUACAGUGGAAAUGCACAUCUAAAAUUCUGAAAUUCAUUUCCUAACAGUGCAUUUUCUGAAAAUAUGAUGGCCGUUAGUUAAUGUUCCUUAAACUGCAAAUUAAUUAAAGAAGACAAUCAUUCAUAAAAUCAUACACCUUAUCCUCAAUGACAUAAAACUGUAAUAAUGAAUGAAGAUAUUAUUGAUUAUCAUGGACUGCUAUGCUUUCUAAUUUAUUGUGCUCCAUUGUAUACAGUGUUAAUUGUGUUCCACAUUUAAUCUCAGAAAAAGCAAAUAUGGACUUGAAAAAUUCAAAAAAAAGUUGUAAAGGUUUGAUUUGUAAAUGUUAUAUAUUGUUAAUCUUAAGGUCUGGUAGGAACAUAUUGUGUUAAUGAUCUACUGGAACUAGCCACAUCUUGACCCUUUGGAUUGUGAAAUGCCUGUGAAGGUCUUGUGAGACUAGUGUUCAUGCCUUGAUGCAGUAGUAGCCAUCCAAGAGCAGGUGUUAUAUUUACAUGUUUCUAUUUGAGUAUGUAUUCAUGUGCCUUUGGUAUGACAUGUUAUAGCUUUCCACAUACAGCUGUAUCCAGUGGCAGAUGCAAAAAUCUGGUUGCUGGAUAUGUAUCAGUGAAAAUAAUCUUAGCACUGCCCCUGCUGCUUGUCAUGAAUCAGACAAAAUGUUGAAUCCAUUUGCAUAUGUGUAUCUGUAGCAAGGCCUGAGCAAUCUUGUGGAAUAUGGGGCAUUUAAAAACUUGUAGUCCAGUAUGAGUGCAAUACAGCGUUCAACUUUUCCAGUCAGGAAGUGCAUUAUUUUGUUUGAAAUUUAUUUUUGUAUUUUCAUUUUUUUUUUUUUUUUUUUUUUUUUGAAAAGACAAUCUUACUUCACAGCAAGAAAUUAUGAAAAUCCUAGCAUGUUUUUAAAUGCACACAUAAACCCACAGGAGUAGAUUACUUCUUCCAGUCCAGUAAAAAACAAAACCACAGAAAACUAGGCAUUUUUGAAGAAAACACUAAAAAACACACAGUUAUAAAAACACUUUACUGACAAAAACUACAAAGUGAGUGCUUUUAUUUUGUCACAUACUGUGUUGGAAUGAGACAUCAUCAGACUUAAAUCAUUGACUAAUGCUACCUGCUUGACUAGACCAAUGGGAAUCAAAUGACCACCCACCAACUUAAAUAAAACAUCCAUUUCUGUUUAAAAA